GUUUGAGAUUCUGGUGAUCUCCAUGACAAUAUGAAGCGAUGAACAAGUACAAGAACUGAGAGGCAUAAACAUAGCGGACUGAGAGUCUCAGAGCGGACGGAGAUGAACGGGGUUUAAACUAUUUCCCGAUUAGGUAGGUCGAUGGCUGUGGCGACCCAGCAUUCAGCGAGUUUUGCAGUGCGUUAUUGGCCAAAGUUUGAUAGGAUGCAGCGUACGAUGUUUGCAAUACGAGUGUUUGGCAUAUAUACGAGUACAAGAACACGUCUGUGCAGUGGCCAAAGUACAAUUGUGGGCGAAAGACAAAGAGGAAAAGGUGCUUACGUGGGCUGUAGAAACUCCGCCCAAAGAGACGCGUUAGAGAAUUGAGUGGGUUUCAUCGUUAUCGUACGCAGUGAGCUCAACCGCUUUUUUCUUCUCCUCAACGGUGUUGGCAGCCGGCUGACCUACCGACGCCUUCAUUUCCAUCCCCUUUGAUCGUUGUAAAAGCUUGUCUACUUUCGUGCUAUACAUCUUUUACCGCAUCAAACCCCGCCAUCACACCCAGACUUUGCCUCUCCUUGAGUCCUUCAGUACUUGACGACUACGAACGCUCCCGACCCUACGAAUUGUAUUCACGAUCUGUUGCGUGCAAAUGGCGGAUUCUUCAGCGACGGAGAUCGAUCUCGACUCUGUCAUUGACCGAUUGUUGGAAGUGAGGGGAAACCGUCCUGGCAAACCCGUGCAACUCCAGGAAUUCGAGAUCAAGUACUUGUGCACAAAGGCUCGCGAAAUUUUUAUCGGCCAACCCAUCCUCUUAGAACUCGAAGCUCCCAUAAAGAUUUGCGGCGAUAUCCAUGGACAAUAUUAUGACCUGCUCCGGCUGUUCGAGUAUGGCGGGUUCCCACCAGAAGCCAACUACCUCUUCCUAGGAGACUACGUCGACCGUGGCAAGCAAUCGCUCGAGACGAUAUGUCUCCUACUUGCAUACAAAAUCAAGUAUCCAGAGAACUUUUUUGUGCUGAGGGGCAACCAUGAGUGUGCGAGUAUCAAUCGUAUUUACGGCUUCUACGAUGAAUGCAAACGUCGAUACAACAUCAAACUAUGGAAGACAUUCACAGAUUGCUUCAACUGCUUGCCGAUUGCCGCUAUUAUCGACGAAAAGAUCUUUACCAUGCACGGUGGCCUCUCACCCGACCUGCAGUCAAUGGAACAGAUAAGACGAGUCAUGCGUCCCACGGACGUCCCUGAUACUGGUCUCCUGUGCGAUCUCCUUUGGUCAGACCCAGACAAAGACAUCACCGGUUGGUCAGAGAACGAUAGAGGAGUGUCAUUUACGUUUGGGCCGGAUGUCGUCUCAAGAUUCCUGCAAAAACAUGAUAUGGACCUCAUAUGUCGAGCGCAUCAGGUCGUAGAAGAUGGGUACGAGUUCUUUGCGAAGCGACACUUGGUCACGCUCUUCAGUGCACCGAAUUACUGUGGCGAGUUCGAUAAUGCGGGGGCCAUGAUGAGUGUAGAUGAGACACUGCUUUGUUCGUUCCAGAUCUUGAAACCCGCUGAGAAGAAGGCAAAGUAUCCCUAUGGCGGCGUGAACAUGGGACGACCGGUCACACCGCCACGUAAACAGAAGAAGAAGGAUGCAAGCAAGAUGGGUUGAAAGGGAGCUUUGAGGACUGGACGUCGGGAGCUUUGAUCUUGUUCGCAUUCCGUUAGUAAUUCCCUUCUCAUUUCCCUCCUCCCGUUUUAGUCUCCUCCCGCUUUCUCCCUCCCCUCCCCUUUCCCUCCAUCCAUCAUCUAUCUCUGAUUCGCCCUCACAUCGUUGUCUCUUCUACACUCUUCCCCAUUUCCGUCACACAAUAACAACAGCAUACGCUCUUUCUAUUUUAUUUCUUUGUUUUUCCUUGUCUCUCCCUUGGUUACCGGUUUUCUGUUUCUGUUUCUGUUCGAGUCUUGGGUGGUAUGGUAAUGGUUCAUUGUUGGCUGGCCUGGCUCUCUGCUGUACGCUACCUGGCAAAACUGGAGGGAAAACGCGGUGAUGAUGGAGCUCUGACCGCUCCCAAAGGGCGUACGUACAUCGUCGUAGUCCUUUUGGACGGUCGCAUCGCAAACCAGAGCUCGUCGAGGUCUUGUCGGGUGAGGAUUCCUUUUCGAUGGAGGGAUUUUGGGAAUUACAGUUGGUGUAGAAGAGACCAAAGUUUGCGGACUAAACUUAAUGGACCCGAUUUUCUUUUACCCCCCAAAAGUGCGCAGCCAGUUCGUGGAAGUUGAGAUGACUGUAUGUUGACUGUGUAUGCUGGCAAACGAUCGAUUGAGUGUCCUUUUUUCCUACUCAUGAUCUGUUAACGUUCCCUUCUUUCUUUCUAUUUCGUUUUUUCCUCUCCUCUGUGUAUAAUAUGAGCUCUGACCAUUUGUCUUCCUUUACAUGCCCCGCAAUCACCACCUUCGUUUCCUCACUCCAACCCCAACCUACUUCCCUUCCGCAAACGCCGUCAAUGUCAACGUCAAACCCCCAGGCUUCACAUUUACGACUUGAUGAUGGAUACCAAGAAUCGCUGUACAUAGUUUUUAUAUUUCUCUUUCCUUCCCUUCCCUUUCCUUUCUCACUCCCUCCCAACCAGCUCAUCAUCAUUUUGAGUAUCCCUUUUUCCUCGAUCGUUCAUCUGGCCAUGAAGUCGCCCCCACCCCCAUGGGUCUUCUUUUCAUAGACGACCAACCAUCGUCGCGCGCGUCGCAGCCUGUGGUACUUUUCAACAACUCUUUGCGCUGUCAGCUUUGCUUUUUUAUUGUGAGAAUAGGCUUAGUCGUUAUAAUAUAAGCAUGGCAUCUCUUCCUUUACUCGCUGUCCGAAGGUUUAUA